AAUUGGUCUCCCACUUCUAUUCCUCUGUCUCUUUUACUCUGUUUCCUUCUUUGUCUGAGUCUAUUGUCCAGGCCAUGGCCAUGGCCAUCUCUUUCAACAACCUAUCAUCUCUACCUAUCAAUAGAUUCAUUUUCCUUUUGCUUCUUCCUUAUGCUUGUUCGAUUAAUUUCCAAAUAAACCGCUUCGAAUCGAGUGCAGACAACAUAGUCUAUCAGGGAGAUGCAGUGGCUUCAGUUGGCGCAGUUGAACUGAUCAACAGGCGUACUUACGUAUGCCGUGUUGGCUGGGCCACUUAUGCUAAGAGAGUGCCUAUCUGGGACCCUGAUACUGGGAAGCUCACAGACUUCAGCACACACUUCUCAUUCAUCAUUGACACAACAGGUGAAAACCCUUAUGGCCAUGGUAUUGCUUUCUUUCUAGCUCCCGUUGGAUUUCAAAUCCCACCUAACUCAGCUGGUGGCUUUCUAGGCCUAUUCAACACCACAACCAGUGAUUUCUCUGGAAAUCAAAUUUUUCUUGUUGAGUUUGAUUCGUUCGUGAACCCUGAAUGGGAUCCCGACUAUGAGCAUGUCGGGAUUAACAACAACUCAAUUUAUUCUGCUGUCACCACCCCUUGGAAUGCUAGCAUGCACAGCGGAGAUAUUACCGAUGUAUGGAUUGCCUACAAUGCAACAACUAAAAAUUUAAGCGUCCAUUGGAGCUACCAAGCUACCUCGAAUCCUAACGAAAGCACCAGUCUCUUUCACCAGAUUGAUCUAAAGGAAAUUCUGCCUGAGUGGGUCACAAUUGGAUUUUCCGCUGGCACUGGUAAAUAUGGAGAGCGGGAUACAAUUCUUUCGUGGGAAUUCAAUUCAACUUUGGAAAGAAAAGAAAGUAGUGGAAACAAUGCAAAGAAGAAAACAUUAGUAGUGGGUUUAACAGUUUCUGGGGGUGUUCUUCUGAUAGCUGGGGUAUUUAUAGCAUUAACUGUGAGGAGGUGGAAGUGGAAGCAAAAGCAGAGGGAAACACUAGAGACAGUCAACUUAACAUCAAUCAACGAAGACCUUGAAAGAGGAGCAGGACCAAGAAGGUUCUCUUAUAGCGAUCUCGUUACAGCCACCAACAAUUUCUCUAAUGAGAGGAAGUUGGGCGAAGGAGGAUUCGGUGCUGUUUACAAAGGCUACCUAACCGAUUUAGACAUAGCAGUCGCGGUGAAGAAAAUUUCAAGCGGGUCUAGGCAGGGAAGAAAGGAGUACAUAACAGAGGUGAAGGUUAUUAGCAGCUUGAGACACCGAAAUCUAGUGCAACUCAUAGGAUGGUGCCACGACGGAGGUCAGUUCCUUCUUGUCUAUGAGUUCAUGCCAAAUGGCAGCCUUGAUAUUCACCUCUUUGGGAAGAGGUCUGCUGUACUAUCUUGGGCUGCGAGAUACAAAAUAUCUCUGGGGUUGGCCUCUGCAUUGCUUUAUCUUCAUGAAGGGUGGGAGCAAUGUGUGGUGCACAGGGAUGUAAAAUCAAGCAAUGUCAUGCUAGAUUCUAGCUUCAACGUCAAGCUUGGUGACUUCGGGUUAGCGCGGCUAAUGGACCAUGAGCUUGGCCCUCAAACAACUCGAUUGGUUGGAACAAUUGGUUACUUGGCUCCAGAGUAUAUAAGCACAGGUAGAGCUAGUAAAGAGUCUGAUGUUUAUAGCUUUGGCGUGGUCGCCUUGGAAAUAGCUACCGGAAAAAGGUCAAUGGAUCGUAUGGGAAAGGAUUUCGAAAUGGGGCUGAUAGAAUGGGUUUGGGACCUUUAUGGAAAAGGAAAGCUUUUCUUAACAGUGGAUGAGAGGCUGCAUUUGGAGUAUGAAGAGAAACAAGUAGAGUGUUUAAUGAUUGUGGGACUGUGGUGUGCUCACCCCGAUAAAAGUUCAAGGCCGUCGAUAAGGCAAGCAAAUCAAGUUCUGAACUUUGAGGCAGCAUUGCCAAAUCUUCCCUUAAAGAUGCCUGUUCCAGUGUAUGAUGUACCUACACCAUCAUUCGGCUCCGGUGAUCCAUUAAUAACUACAAGCACUCAAGAAGGUCGUUGAGCUCUGCGCACAAUCUCAGUUUGUAACUUCGUAUAUAAAGUCAUUCUUAGUGUUUUCCAUGAGACAUGAUUGGUUGCAUCUAUAAAUAGCUUGGAAAUUACUCAAAAAGUAGUU